UGAGCUAAUUGACGUGCAUCAACAUGAAGGUUAUUAUCCUUUUGAUCUUGGGAAUAGGAUUUCUUCCUACAGUAUCUGCUGUCACCCACUCUCUGAAAUACUUCUACACAGGAGUCUCUGGUGAUAUUAACUUCCCAGAGUUCACUGCGGUUGGUCUGGUAGACAAUGGCCAGUUCAUGUAUUUUGACAGCAACACCAAGACUGCAGUUCCCAAGACUGAGUGGAUGAAGAGAGAAGGACCAGACUACUGGGACAGAGAGACUCAGACUGAUAUUAAUAAGCAUCAGGUCUUCAAAAACAACAUUCAAGUAGCAAAGGAUCGCUUCAACCAAUCCAUGUCUACAGGUGUGCACACAUGGAUGGAGAUGUAUGGCUGUGAGUGGGAUGAGACCACUGGAGUCACUGAUGGGUUUAGACAGUAUGGAUAUGAUGGAGAGGAUUUUGUUACAUUUGACACGAAGACAUCGACAUGGAUCGCUCCAACGCCAGAGGCAGUCAUCACCAAACACAAGUGGGACAAUAACAAAGCUUUGAUUGAGUCCUGGAAAAAUUACUACACCCAGAUCUGUAUUGAGUGGUUGAAGAAGUAUGUGGACUAUGGGAAGAACAGCCUGAUGAGGACAGUCCCUCCAUCAGUGUCUCUGCUCCAGAAGACCCCCUCCUCUCCAGUGACCUGCCACGCUACAGGUUUCUACCCCAGUGGAGUCAUGGUGACCUGGAAGAAAGAUGGACAAGAACACCAUGAAGAUGUGGAGAUGGGAGAGACUCUCCAGAAUGAUGAUGGAACGUUCCAGAAAAAGGUCCAUCUGACAGUGAAGCCUGAGGAGUGGAAGAACAACAAGUAUCAGUGUGUGGUUCAGGUCUCAGGAAUAAAUGAGGACUUCAUCAAGGUUCUGACUGAGGAGGAGAUCAAGACCAACAUGGACCCAACCUCCAUUGGCCCCAUCAUUGGAGUGGUGGUAGCUGGCCUCCUGGUCAUCAUUGCUGCUGUUAUUGGGGUUGUCAUUUGGAAGAAGAAGAGCAAGAAAGGCUUCGUUCCAGCUAACACUUCUGAUGAUGGUUCCAACUCCUCCAACAACACUGCUCCAAAAGCAUGAGGUCUCUAUCUGUUACCAAUAUCAAACAGAGGAGAAUCACAGACAAGGGAGACCAGAGUGAAAGUUGAAGUAAUGUUCAUCCAGACAAAAACAUUGAUCUAAAACAGGACUACCUUGUUGGCUAUUUCUUUAACUAAUCUACAAUAACAAAAAUCAUGUUUUACAGUAACUGGGUAUUGGGUUUUUGUAUAUAAUCUAGUUGAAGAGGACAAAACAAAUGUUGUUAAUGUGUGUUUGCAUCUUUUGGAUCAUUGGUAUUGUUUUGGUGUAUUUCUGUUUUUCUUAUUUCCAAUAUAGUCAUUGUAAAUAGUAUAAUGUGAAUUGUCAAUCAAGAUAUAAUGAUUUCUUCAAACAGCAAUUAUAAGUUAGUUACAGUAUACAGUGCCUUUCAAAAGUAUUCACCCCCAGACCAUAUUAAUACUGAAGGAAGAAUAAAUACAGGGAAAUACUGCUUUCAAUCCGCUUCAAAACUAAAACUUAAGAGUAAAUUGACCUUUUAGCAGGAAAUGUAUCCCUAGCAUGAAGCCAAAGCAACUUUGGAGUGGCUCAAGAACAAAAAUUGUGAAUGUCCUAGAAUGGCCCAGUUAAUGUCCUGUUCUCAAUCCCAUUUUAAGUCUGUGGCGCUAUUUGAAAAUUGCAGUCCCCAAGCAUCAUCCAUAAAAUAUCAAACUGAACAUAAUUUCAAUAUAACAUUUCUUAUUCAUUCAUAACAUUUGAUAAUUUGUCAGGUGUUUGAAUACUUUUGCAAGGGACUGUAUGUAUAUAAUAAUGGUCAAAGCCAUGUGGCUUUAGCCCUAAUCCUAAAGCUAUGCUGUAACACACCAUGGAAUAUGUAGUAUCACUUUUCAGAUAAUAAUUGAAAAUAUUAAUAACUCAGGAGCUUUCUUUCCGCUAUCAAGAUAUACCAAUAGACAUUUCUAAACCUGAGAAAUGUUAAUAUCCAAAUAAACUAGUGAAAAAAAUCAUCCCUCCUUUUUAGACCUCAACAAUGGAUCCCUGGGUUUUUUAUAUAAUCUCUUUGGUGUCUAGAAAUGCUCUGUGACAAUGUUUAUUAUCUUUUUUUACUUUAUAAUGGUUUAAAAUGUUUUCCUCUGUUCUUUACAGUUUUCUUAUAUAGAUCGAUAGAUAGGUGGUAGAUUAGCCAAAAUACCAGAAUAGUUGUCAUCAUGUCAAGAAGAUGGAAAGAGUAGAAACAGGCUGACACAAAGGCUAUGUUGAAGGAAAUAAUUUUUUUGUAGGCUGAUUUAUGAGAUAACCUAGCUAUACUGUCCAAAAUAGAUUUUUCAAAAAUAAAUUAUUAAUUUAGUAAAUGUU